AUGGCUCGCCUAUCUCUAGCACUUUACUUGCUAGUACUGGGUCUGCCGGCAUAUCUCCCAUCCCUGCUCAGCCAAGACUUAAUAGCCAUCCUACAGCGCCAUGCCUACGCUGAAAUCGCCGUAUCGCGUUUACUUGAGCGCGUUACACACCAUGAAGUCACCAUUGACGAGACCGUAGGCGCCUUGGAGUCCGCGUCAACUGGUACUCAGCGUGCCCAGGCUGCGUGCUAUAUCGUAAGCACUGUGUUCCCUGGAAAGGUUCUGGCCGAUGACGACCCGGACUACGAAGACGAGUUUCAGUUCAACUGGUCUAAAACAUGCUGGCUACGUCCGGCGUGUAUCUUUCGGCCCAGCGACGCUGUCGAAGUGGCUGUUUUCCAAAAGGUCAUAAAACUCACAGCAUCGAGAUUUGCUAUCAGAGGCGGAGGACACAACCCAAACCCAGGUUUUGGCAGUGUCGAUAGCUCCGGUGUCCUAGUUGACAUGAAGGGUUUUGGUACCUUGAAGGUCGAGGGUGAUCGGAGUCUACAAGUCGGCGCUGGACAGACGUGGGAGAGCGUAUAUGACUUCAUUGAGCGUGAUGGAAAAUCAGUAAUUGGAGGGCGUCACGGAACAGUCGGGGUAGGAGGCUUUCUGCUUGGAGGAGGGAUGCCCUUUUUUGGAGGGCUAUACGGACUGGCAGCCGACAAUGUGAAGAAUUUUCAGGUGGGCUUGUACCUGUCUUUUGGGAAGAUCGUUACGUCGGAUUCGAGAAUCGUAAAUGCCAAUCCCAGCGAGCACCAAGACUUGUUCCGAGCCCUCAAGGGCGGCGGUGCCAAUUUCGAAACGCACCCCCUGAUUCAAGCCCAAUACGCAGUAUACGCAUACUACGCGGCCGACUAUGAGUAUCUCCUCAACGCAACGGUCAACGUGCAAAAGGCCAUGGAGUACGACAGCAAAAUCGGGUUCUUCUUGAACGUCCAGCCUACUGCUAUCGUAGCGGGCUUAUUAUAUGCGGAACACACGGCGCAGCCGCCUGAAGUAUUUACCGAGUUCUUCAAGGCGGACAGCCUCAUCGCUGCCGUCGUGCCAACCACGAACGGGACCAUCCGAACCCUGGUACCUGAGCUGGACACUGUUGGCCAAGAUGCGGGACCCGCUAGCCGUGCGCUGUCUGCACAAUCAACAAGGGUAGAUUACGAACUAUACCUCGACGUCCACAGACAGUACACGGAGAGGCUCCGGGACAGCCGUCUGGCAACACCAUCUGCAACACUGUCGUAUACGAUCCAGCCCGUCUCGUCCUACAUGGUGCGCGCAGGUCGAGAGCGAGGCGGCAACGCGAUGGGACUCGACGAGAUCGCACAAACAUGGUGGGCAUGCCUUAUCGAGUGGUACAACGAGGCCGACACGGCGACGUCACACACGAACGUCGGACUCUUCGGCGACAACAUCGCGUCGUUGGCUGCUAGUGGGAGAGAAGGCAAUCUGCUGCUCCCGUUCCAGUUCAUGAACGACGCAGGCGCGCGACAGGAGGUGCUGCGGAGCUAUGGGGAGACGAAUUUGACGGCCCUCCGGAAAGUGGCGGGCACGUACGACAAGACUGGGACUUUUCAGAGGCUCCAGCAUGCGGGAUUCUUGCUGCGAUGA